AAAAACAAAAAAAAGAAAAAGACUGAAUGGAAAUAUAAGAAUGAAUGAAAAAAUACACUGUAAAUUUUAGACAUCACUGUAUGAGCAUAAGGUGAUGUUACUGAGAAUUUUCCUACUUUGCACAGAACUUGUUUUAACCACCAUUAGUUUUCCAUGGUUUAUGAAGAUAACUCUAUCUGUUCAUCUCAAUAGCAUGGAUAAAUAUACCAAGCACUAUAGCAGUCUCAUUAGAACCUUUUAGUACUUUGAAGAAGAAAUAGAAACAAAUGUGAGGCAGUCAGUGGGAAAAUUUGAGAUAAACUCUAGUAGUGGCUUUACAAGUCAGUUAUAUUUAUUUUGUGUAACUACACUUCCUACAAUCCCAAUGCUGUGUUUUUGAGGUUAGAAAACAAACACCAAAAAGGUUGCAAGUGCUGUGUUUCAGUAAGCAUAAAACUAGUGUAGAGGAAGAAAGAAAUUGAAAAGGAAAGAAGGCAAUUCAGAUUGUUUAAACAGCACAGAGGAAAACAACCUUGAGAGGAUAAAGAGGCACAGAAUGUGUGAGGCAAGUUGGGGAGAGUGAACUAGAACUGAGAAGGUAAAUUCAGUGGAAAUGGGCGUGGAAGGGGUGGAUCUGAGACCACUGGUUUAAUAGCUAAGUGAUAUUCCAGGGGAUAUAAAAGCCUGAUUAAACCAAGUAGGGAAAGAGGCCUGAGGUGGUCACACAGGCACAGGUGUGUGGACAACAGCAACAGCAGUCCCCAGAGUGAGGCUGAAAAGCCCAGGGCACAAGCUACCAGGUCCAAGAUGACCUGCAUGUUCGUAACCUACCUGCUAGGGAUCUGGCUGUUGCUGAGUCAGUUGCCCGGUGAGACCACUGCAGGUCUGGUGGAUAAGCUGCGUUAUCUGAUAUGUAACAACCCACUGGUGGAUCGACUUGAGAGAAGAUGCAUGAGAAUACAAGCAGUGGACCCAACUCCUGUGGAUGGAUUGGCAGUGCAGCCACGAGGACUGUCAGAAUUCCCAGGAUUGUUCACCCACAGAGAUUCAGAAGCCUUAAAUAUUUUGGUGAAAUUCAUUCCUGAACCGCCACAGGAGCUGAAAGCAAUGUUUUCUGAUGAGCAGUCAUUAUUGAGGACACUAAACCAUCCAAAAGACCGGGCAAUGUUAUUUACUGUGUUUGUCAGACUUUGUUGUAAAUUUAAUUGUGUCCAGCAAACUAAGAUGUUAAUUUGUAAUUAUUAAUCCAUUGUGCAAUCUUCAUUUCUAAUCUUGAAUAUACCUCCACUGUUGUCUAAAUCACUCACCACUGAUUAUUAAAAUUAUGGGAAAUUAUCAAUGUUUUUUCAUUUUUCUGAAACAGUCUCCCUAAGGCUAUUCUUUGUGUCAACAGUUAAUCCUUUUUACUAAAGAAGUCUUCACGUCUUUUAAAAAAAAAAAAGAUCUGCCUGGUAAGGAUGAGGCCCUGAGUUCAUUCCACCUACCACCCCCAAAUAAUAAUGAUGCUGGUAUAAUGACAUCAACUGCUCUAAAUCUUACUUACCUUAAAAUGAUAAUGAAGUCUUUAUCAUGAUAACACAAUGACUCACUGUGAUAUCCUCCUAAUGUCAGGCUAAAUAAAAAGGCCUGAAAGUGUCAAUUAAGACCAUGUAAAGAUAUAACCACAAGCCUUGGAAGUUUUUACUUAACUCAAAAUGGACAUACUUUGCCUUAUUAAUAUAUUACUGCAAGUAAGCAGGUUAAGCGUUUGGAUUUUUAUGGCCAAAUGAACUUGAUUCAAAAUAGGGAUGUUUCAUGUUUUUGAGGGACUCAACUGUAUACCUUGAAAUAAUAAAAUACUUUGUAUGA